CAACAAUACAGCUAAUCCCGCUCCAGCCACCACAAUGCCGCCUUCAAUCCCCUCCCCAACCCUCCGCAUCCCCAUCGAACUCCUCACCCAAUCCUCCUUCUCCCAAUUCGGCACCGUCAUCGAAAACCCCACCACCUCCCCCGCGCCGCCCUCCGCACGUCUUCCCCCUCCCCCCUCCGUCCUCGCAAACCAAAACACCGCCCGCAAAUACCUCGACGUGACGCACAUGUCGAACCUAUACAGCCUCGCCCCGAGCCGCAAACCCGCCCACGCCUCCAUGAACAUGUUCGUGUGUUCCCCGCGCGACCUGCGCCCACACGAGCCCGUAGCCAGCAUGCCGAGCUCCUGGGGCGACAUCGACUUCGACGACGAGAGCGGAGACGGGGACGCUGGGUCACGAGCCCUCUUCGACGUGCAUAUUUUAGAACGGCACCCGUUUACAACCCAAACGUUCAUCCCAAUGGGCAUCGGCGCAGCAGAGCAGACUCAAUACCUCGUCAUUGUCGCGCCCACCCUCCCGGCCUCGCGCCGCCGAACGGAUAAACAUCCGCCCUAUCCUACCCCCGAACGGGCUAAGAAGCGCCGCUCGGUGAGGGAGAUCUUUGCGCGGGCGCGGGCGAGCCCGUUUACGAAUGAGGCGGCGCCGCCGACGAGCACAUAUAGUCGGCUGCAUCCGAGCCAGCGGCCGAAGGGGCCGGGGUUGCCGGACUUGAGGAAUAUCAGGGCGUUUGUGGCGAGUGGGAAGCAGGCGGUGACGUAUGGGGCGGGGACAUGGCAUGCGCCGAUGGUGGUGCUGGGGGAGGAGGCGGUUGAUUUUGUGGUGGUGCAGUUUGUGAAUGGGGUUGGGGUUGAGGAUUGUCAGGAGGUGGAGCUGAAGGUGGAUGAGAGGGCCGAAGAGGGGAUUGCAGUAGCUGUGGAUACUGACGUUAGGGGAAGAAUUGUGGUAAAGGCAGGGCCAGGGGCUGUGAAGGCGAAAUUGUGAGAAUUUGGGACUUGCUUUAAGGAGUAGUUGGGUCAAAAACGGGUAUGUCUUCAUGGAUUUAUGCUAAUGUAAUGUAUUUCGUGGCAACCGAAAAAUGUAUAUACGAUAUUAUGAUUACGACCCCUUUU